AGAAUACAAUGUAAAGCUCAUGAGUUACUCUACCAUCCCACCAUUCAGUGAUAGGCUUGAAGGUGGAGGUGACCCACUGUGGACAAAUGAAGAGGAAAUACCGUGUAUGCAAUGUUACCCGACGUCCUGCCAGUCACCAGACGUUUCCUCUCCAGCUUGAAAGCGGACAGACAGUAGAAUGUACAGUGGCCCAGUACUUUAAGCAGAAGUACAACUUGCAGCUCAAAUACCCUCACCUGCCCUGCCUACAAGUGGGACAGGAACAAAAGCACACCUAUCUACCCCUGGAGGUGUGUAACAUUGUAGCUGGUCAACGAUGCAUCAAGAAACUGACAGAUAACCAGACCUCCACCAUGAUCAAAGCAACAGCUCGUUCUGCACCCGACAGACAAGAAGAGAUCAGCAGGCUGAUGAAAAAUGCCAACUUCAACCUGGACCCCUACAUCCAGGAGUUUGGGAUCAAGGUGAAAGACGAUAUGGCUGAGGUGACGGGCCGAGUGCUGCCAGCUCCUAUUCUGCAGUACGGAGGACGGAACCGAGCCAUCGCCACCCCCAACCAAGGAGUGUGGGACAUGAGGGGGAAGCAGUUUUACAACGGCAUUGAGAUCAAAGUCUGGGCAAUUGCCUGCUUUGCCCCCCAGAAGCAGUGCAGAGAGGAGGUGCUUAAGAACUUCACAGACCAGCUGCGAAAAAUCUCUAAGGAUGCUGGGAUGCCCAUCCAAGGCCAGCCAUGCUUCUGUAAAUACGCCCAGGGAGCCGACAGCGUGGAGCCCAUGUUCMGACACCURAAGAACRYCUAYKCYGGMCURCARCUYAUCAUCGUCAUCCUGCCUGGAAAAACUCCUGUUUAUGCCGAGGUGAAGCGAGUGGGAGACACCCUGCUGGGCAUGGCCACCCAGUGUGUUCAGGUGAAGAAUGUAGUGAAGACGUCGCCUCAGACGCUCUCCAACCUCUGCCUCAAGAUCAACGUAAAGCUGGGAGGCAUAAACAACAUCCUGGUGCCUCAUCAAAGGUCAGCAGUGUUUCAGCAGCCAGUUAUCUUCCUGGGAGCAGAUGUCACACACCCUCCAGCUGGAGAUGGAAAGAAGCCCUCUAUUACUGCUGUGGUAGGCAGUAUGGACGCCCAUCCCAGCAGAUACUGUGCCACAGUCCGCGUCCAGAGACCCCGGCAGGAAAUCAUCGAAGAUUUAUCCUACAUGGUGCGGGAACUGCUAAUUCAGUUCUACAAGUCAACCCGCUUUAAACCCACCAGGAUCAUUUUCUACAGAGAUGGUGUUCCUGAGGGACAGUUGCCACAGAUUCUCCACUAUGAGCUCCUGGCCAUCAGAGAUGCAUGCAUAAAGUUGGAGAAAGAUUAUCAGCCUGGUAUCACCUACAUCGUGGUACAGAAACGCCACCACACACGCCUCUUCUGUGCUGACAAGUCUGAGAGGAUUGGGAAGAGUGGGAACAUACCUGCAGGGACUACGGUGGACACCAGCAUCACUCAUCCCUUUGAGUUUGACUUCUACCUUUGCAGUCAUGCAGGCAUACAGGGUACCAGCCGGCCAUCUCAUUACUACGUCUUGUGGGAUGACAAUCGUUUCACAGCUGAUGAGUUGCAGAUUUUAACCUACCAGUUGUGCCACACAUAUGUUCGUUGUACCCGCUCAGUUUCCAUCCCCGCCCCAGCCUACUACGCUCGUCUCGUGGCCUUCCGAGCUCGCUAUCAUCUAGUAGACAAAGAGCAUGACAGUGGAGAGGGUAGCCACGUAUCUGGUCAAAGUAACGGCCGGGACCCCCAGGCGCUGGCGAAAGCUGUUCAGAUYCAUCACGACACGCUGAGGACCAUGUACUUCGCCUGAGCUUCACCAGCCAUCAUCACCAUCGUUCCCUCCCACCUCAUUUCUACCUGAGCGGGCAGGAGGCCCACUCCCACCUCAUCCCCAUCCCUUAUUCCCAACAACUGCCCACUACACAUCCUCCACAAACGUGCCAGUUUGUUACUCAGACCCAUGAAACACAACACUCCUCUCCUGUAAACACAGCCAGAAUGCAGCUUCAUGCACUCAAAAUGUUUUUUUUUGUACUUUUUUUACUUUAUCAGGACAGUUGUUUUUUUUACGUUGAAUUGUUUUUAAUUGUGGACAUUAUGUGAUUUUUCUUGUACGCUACCUUCACACUCCCAUCUAASUAAGUAUGCAAUACAAAUGGGAGGAAAAAUGGGCGUUAAAAAAGGGGUGGGUAAAAAGUCCUGAAACCUUUUUAACUGCCACCACAAUGCUGCCUCUUUACCCAUCCGAACGCCGGAUGCCAGUGUUCCAAGCCCCUUAGCAUUGGGGUCCUCCAAAGGGGUGGUACUGAGCACGCACACUUACAUGUAUGAAUUUGUAUUUUUUUUGUGUUUUUACAUCAUCAUGAAAGACAUUCAUGUUUUUAAUGUUUUGAAAUAAUGUUAUUUUUUUAAAGCAGCCUUGAGGAGUCUGAGGUAUGGUACAUUAGCACUUAGCGUUAGCAUGUAGGUGCCACCAGUCCCGCACAUUGAGUUUUAGUCAUGUGAGGUUGUCACCUGGUCUUUUAAAUUAGCAGACUGGAGGAGGAGGUGUAGCUGUAUAGAUGGAGGAGCAGUGCCGUUGCACUCUGUCCUCGUUGGCCAGUCCCUAGGGUUUUAGUCUAUAGAGGCAAUUAUAGCAUAASUGUAGAGGGACCAUUUGCAUAGAGUGUAUCAAAUAUACUUGCACCCCAUGCACCUACCAGCAUUAUUAACCAGCCAAAAGUGAUGCCAACCAAUUAAAAAGGGGCACUUAAGCAGGAAGGUUACUUCUGUAUUCAUUGCUCUUUAUGAUUUGAGGCACUUUUUGUUUACUUAUUGAUUUUUUGUUUGUUUGUUUUUUUUACUUCAGAAUUAUGAACAUCUUUUGGAAGACUUGAACCAAACUAUUUUACAUUUCUACUGUCACACUUUAAUUGCUUUCAGAAACGAGGCAAUAGGCAACAUUAUCCUGUAGAUUUGACAACAGGCAAACGUGGAGUUUGCGAACACUCAAGUGCUGCGCGGCUGACGCUCCAUUCAGCCGCUGAACUCGCUUCGAUCGUUCUGCACAUUCCUACUCGUGUCAGUGGAGAUGACGCCACUCAGCGCAUCUUACCCUUCCAGUGGCAGAAUUCUUCGCAUACCUGUACACGCCUACCUUCCACCGGUCCUGUUUUCACUCACGGCUCUUCCUUCUGCAGGCGUUUACUGCUCAUGCCCUGGGUAAUGAAAGCACACAUACACUUGGUUUCCCUUUUUAGCAUCUAGUGAAAAACAAAGUCAUGCACUUGCCCUCUUUGUUUUCCUUCAGGCCAAACUAUCACUCAUUAGCCUUUCCACCACUUUCUGUGUUUGCCAUUUGUUUUCACACGCAAUCAGCAUCUUCUGUCCCAAUCCUCUAGUCUGUGUUAGCCAAUCCCUAUUGGUGCUCUGUGUGCAUGGGCGUCACAGAUGGGGGAUUGCUCAUUGGACAGGGAGGGUCUCUAUUACUAUUUAAUAAGCCCUGCCUUUACAUCAACUCACUCUCUGGAUUUAUAUAUAGAAAAAAAAUGCAUGUAAUUAUUUUUUAAAUGACUGGAUAUUCUGAGCCACCUUACUUUGGUUUUCUUAGAGAUAGGAGCCUUGUGCUCACCACUGCCUGUCAAUUGUUUUGCCUCGAUUGUGUAAUGGUGAUUGAGACUGAUAGUUUUUGUCAUUUUAAAUAUUGUGACUAUUGUCAGAGUGUAUCCUCAAGAGGGCACUGUGGAGACGGUCUCAAAAUUCCACCGCAGCUGCCCUUAAAGCGCCUCAAAUCUYGUCUGAUGGUCAAAACCCCUUAAAGUUGAAAGGGGAUCGAAAAAAAGAAAGAAAUCAGACGAGUUUGAGUUUAAAAUCAUAUUUAUGAACUUGCAUAAUCCAAAUGCCUUUGUACACCGGUUUACUGAUCCUUCAUUGUGUCCAAGGUGAUUUGUAUAUAUGAAGAUAUCAUAUUUACAUGUUAUAUAUUUUGGCCCGACACAUGCUGGGCCUUUCACAGUUGAGGCCAGUGUUUUACUAUAUUUAAAUACAAGACUGGGGUGCCUCCCAGCACCACUAAACCAGAUGCAGUUCUUCACUUACUGAAGUCACAAAAGCACCUUGCAAAGGGAGGCACAAGAAAUGCCGUCACCCUGGAAAUGUAUCGUGGACACAGGAGGGUUCACUCCUCUCCACACAGCCUCACGGUCUGACUAAGCAAUAUCGUAGCCACUGAUCAAUAACAGUCCUUGGCAAAGCACUUCCCAAUAGAUAUGAACGAAAAGACACUGAAGCAUAUUUCUUUGGUUCUGUGUGUGAUAGUAUUGGAACUCUGUUGGGGAGGGUUAUUUUUUAAUAAAAAUAAAAUUGUUUUUUAUUACUUC